GAGUGUGUCGAUGUGGAGACGCCAUUACGCAUGAUGGCACACACGCGCGCGCGUGCUAUAUAUCUCGUAAAUUUUAUGCUCCCGCAUCCUGCACGUUCUUGAAUUCUACGAAACGACGAGCGAACAUGGCGACCCGACAAAACAUUCCGUGUGGCAUCGUUUAACGACCGAUCUGAUUAUCCCUGUCGCUCGGCUGCCAUGUCGCACGGUAACCGCGGAACGACGUCAUCCUGACCAAAAGUUUCUUCGCCGAGAGUGACGCAACGAUCGACAGUCGGCGCCGAGGGCACUGGAGAACUCUCUUCUUUCAGGGGGAAGGUGUACGUAUCGGCUGUGAGUGCAAACCCGAUUAAUCAGGAUCCGCUGAUUCGUGUAAAAUAACAAAUAGAGGCGUAUGGCGAUCCUCGCGUUUGCCGAUAGCCCAUGUUAGUGGAGUCGCGAGACGUGACUUGAGAAGUGGAUCGAGAGAAGUCAGUGAGUCUGUGUCGGUCUUGUUGCGACGUGUACGAACAGCAGCAGCAGCAGCCUGUACCGACAUAACCGAGGUGAUUCGUCGCGGACUGUAACGUAACGACCCCGCGGAGGGUAUCGCGAACAGAUACAUAGACUUGCGUCAAACAAGGCAGACUGGACCGAAAGUCGAAGAUUGAUCGUUGCCAAUCAUGACGAUCCUAUCAAAGAAGAAGACAAACGCAUCGAAGGAUCGUACUCGCGAGCCAGGCGCAGGCACGGAGGUCGACGUUCAUCAUAGCGUGGUGCAGAAUGAACAUAAUUCCGGCAGCAUCGCGCUGCCGAACAGUCCUUAUCAGGCAAGUGACCGUCGUGAAGAGAAGCACUUUGAAGAAAGCGGCCCGAGCCAUGGUAAACGUCACCGACAAAGAGUCAGUCCCCACAGUAGCUAUAUUGGUAGAUCCUCACGCGCCAAACGCGAGCGAGAGAGGGACAGAGGCAGGGAGAGGGAGAGGGAACGGGAACGUGAGAGGCAAGCAACUCCACCUGCUGCUUCUUGCAGUGGUAUGCAAGGAACAGACACCAGUGUCAGUGGAAGAGUGAGCAUCGUUGGAAAUGCCUCAAAUCUGGAGCACGAAUUGGCAAAUGGUUACAACAGUGGAGAUGAAUAUACAGGACGUGCGGGAAAUAAUCUCACGUUAGCUGAAUGGCAAGAAAGAGAUCGAUGGUUUGAAAAGCACAUGCGGAAAAAGGGUUUUAUUGUGAAGAAAAUGGAUGAAGAUGGAGCUUGCCUGUUUAGAGCUGUAGCGGAUCAAGUUUAUGGCGAUCAAGAGAUGCAUGGGGUUGUACGGAAGCAUUGUAUGGAUUAUAUUGCUUCCAAUAAGGAGUUCUUCCGAAAUUUCGUGGCGGCGGAAGAUUUCAGCAACUAUGUGAAUAGAAAAAGGCUGGAAUACGUUCAUGGGAACCAUAUAGAAAUGCAUGCCAUGUCGGAAAUGUACAACCGUAGCAUCCAAUUGUACUGUUAUAGUACUGAACCUAUCGAUAUCUUCCAUACUACUGUGAAAAGUGACAAUGAGCCUAUUAGGCUGUCAUACCAACGCGAUAGUCACUACAACAGCAUAGUUGAUCCGUACAAAGCUACCGUAGGUGUCGGUCUCGGUUUGCCAGCAUAUAACCCCGGUGCUGCCGAUCAUGCUUUGAUAUCCGACGCGGUCCGUCAGAGUGAAGAAUUACACAUCGAACAGACAAUGCUGGAGGAUAAAAUCAAAGCCACCGAUUGGGAAGCGACCAACGAAGCUAUUGAGGAACAAGUAGCGAGGGAGAGUUACUUGCAAUGGCUGCGCGACAACGAGAUGCGCAAAGCACGAUCAGCCAGUAGUAGCAGUACGAGCACAGUUACGAGCGCGCAACAUAAUCAUUCGCACUUUCAUUCGCAUGGAGGUCGUGGACAGCAACGUAGCCAUACCUCGUCACCGACUACAACUCAAACUAGCCAAGAUAAUUUACGUAAUUCUCCAAAGAUCAGCGACGCAGUACGAUAUAACAAAAGAUCGCCACAGCACCAGUCAACGACUCAAGGAUCCCACCUGCCGUCGGACUUUGAGAUAAAAGUGACGCCGCAGGAACCUGUACCAGGAAGCAGCAAGGAGGCACAUGCAUCACCCGACAUCCCGUUGUUCAAUCGCCUUCCUCCUGAAGUGUUCGGUGAGAACCCGAAGAGCUAAACUCUUGAUUUGUGGAAUAACAAACCCGAAAGGAAUUUAUUCUAAAAGUCUGACCGAUUGGGAAGAUAGCGAUAUACUCUCGCAAGUGCUAGCGACGUCGCAACAGGAGUAUUUGGACAGCUUGAAGCAAUCACGUGUGACUGCGUCCGCUGGAAGCGAUAGCCCUAACACGAUAGAGUCUAAUAACAGUUCUAGUAACAAUUCUUGAAAUGCGGUCGGCAAUGACAAAGUUCAAAAGAUAUCAGAGUAAAGAUAUAUACAUUUAUAUAUAUAUAUACAUAUAUAUAUAUAUAUAUAUAUAUUGCAGUAUCAUCUAUCCCCGCGUUGUGCCAGGGCAUGAGGUGGUUUGCUUUCUCAUCCGCGAGUAAAUAUUGCAAUAAUUUUUUAUUUCUUCCUCAUCCAUUUCUAUCCAUUUCACACAUUCAACACGUUCUUUCCACUUCGCUUUUUUCUCUUUCAAACCGACAACCGAAUAAAUGAUUUCUUCUGCCUUUCUUCUCCACCUGUCUGUCUUUUCCAACGAUAUGUCGAUUGAUAACGUACAUAUGGAAUUUUCAAAACGUCCUACGUACGUCAUAUAGUCGUUAAGCGCUUCGUUAACACUCAUAAAGUAGCUGUGUUCUCUUUUGUUGUAUCUUUGUAUUUGUCAUUUGGAGAAUGGUCAAAAUAAUUGUAUCAUUCCAAAAUUGUUAUUGUUAAAAAAAUCUUCAUAAUUACGUGAUAUCUGCUGUCACAAUCUAUAUUAACUCGCCUAUUUUGGGGUUCAACAUUAUUACCAUAUGGCAUGCAAUGCGAUUAGACAAGGAAGAAUUAUAUAUAUAUAUAUACACAUAGAUACGUACAUACAUAUACACAUACAUU